AUGGUAAAAGAUAUCCUGCCUAAAGGGACAGGUCCAGUAGCCUGUAUGGUAAAAGAUAUCCUGCCUAAAGGGACAGGUCCAGUAGCCUGUAUGGUAAAAGAUAUCCUGCCUAAAGGGACAGGUCCAGUAGCCUGUAUGGUAAAAGAUAUCCUGCUUAAAGGGACAGGUCCAGUAGCCUGUAUGGUAAAAGAAAUCCUGCCUAAAGGGACAGGUCCAGUAGCCUGUAUGGUAAAAGAUAUCCUGCUUAAAGGGACAGGUCCAGUAGCCUGUAUGGUAAAAGAUAUCCUGCCUAAAGGGACAGGUCCAGUAGCCUGUAUGGUAAAAGAUAUCCUGCUUAAAGGGACAGGUCCAGUAGCCUGUAUGGUAAAAGAUAUCCUGCCUAAAGGGACAGGUCCAGUAGCCUAUAUGGUAAAAGAAAUCCUGCCUAAAGGGACAGGUCCAGUAGCCUGUAUGGUAAAAGAUAUCCUGCUUAAAGGGACAGGUCCAGUAGCCUGUAUGGUAAAAGAUAUCCUGCCUAAAGGGACAGGUCCAGUAGCCUGUAUGGUAAAAGAUAUCCUGCUUAAAGGGACAGGUCCAGUAGCCUGUAUGGUAAAAGAUAUCCUGCUUAAAAGGACAGGUCCAGUAGCCUGUAUGGUAAAAGAUAUCCUGCCUAAAGGGACAGGUCCAGUAGCCUGUAUGGUAAAAGAAAUCCUGCCUAAAGGGACAGGUCCAGUAGCCUGUAUGGUAAAAGAAAUCCUGCCUAAAGGGACAGGUCCAGUAGCCUGUAUGGUAAAAGAUAUCCUGCCUAAAGGGACAGGUCCAGUAGCCUGUAUGGUAAAAGAUAUCCUGCCUAAAGGGACAGGUCCAGUAGCCUGUAUGGUAAAAGAUAUCCUGCUUAAAGGGACAGGUCCAGUAGCCUGUAUGGUAAAAGAAAUCCUGCCUAAAGGGACAGGUCCAGUAGCCUGUAUGGUAAAAGAAAUCCUGCCUAAAGGGACAGGUCCAGUAGCCUGUAUGGUAAAAGAUAUCCUGCCUAAAGGGACAGGUCCAGUAGCCUGUAUGGUAAAAGAUAUCCUGCCUAAAGGGACAGGUCCAGUAGCCUGUAUGGUAAAAGAUAUCCUGCUUAAAGGGACAGGUCCAGUAGCCUGUAUGGUAAAAGAUAUCCUGCUUAAAGGGACAGGUCCAGUAGCCUGUAUGGUAAAAGAAAUCCUGCCUAAAGGGACAGGUCCAGUAGCCUGUAUGGUAAAAGAAAUCCUGCCUAAAGGGACAGGUCCAGUAGCCUGUAUGGUAAAAGAUAUCCUGCCUAAAGGGACAGGUCCAGUAGCCUGUAUGGUAAAAGAUAUCCUGCCUAAAGGGACAGGUCCAGUAGCCUAUAUGGUAAAAGAUAUCCUGCCUAAAGGGACAGGUCCAGUAGCCUGUAUUGUAAAAGAUAUCUUGCCUAAAGGGACAGGUCCAGUAGCCUGUAUGGUAAAAGAUAUCCUGCCUAAAGGGACAGGUCCAGUAGCCUAUAUGGUAAAAGAUAUCCUGCCUAAAGGGACAGGUCCAGUAGCCUAUAUUGUAAAAGAUAUCUUGCCUAAAGGGACAGGUCCAGUAGCCUGUAUGGUAAAAGAUAUCCUGCCUAAAGGGACAGGUCCAGUAGCCUGUAUGGUAAAAGAUAUCCUGCUUAAAGGGACAGGUCCAGUAGCCUGUAUGGUAAAAGAUAUCCUGCCUAAAGGGACAGGUCCAGUAGCCUAUAUGGUAAAAGAUAUCCUGCCUAAAGGGACAGGUCCAGUAGCCUGUAUGGUAAAAGAUAUCCUGCUUAAAGGGACAGGUCCAGUAGCCUGUAUGGUAAAAGAUAUCCUGCCUAAAGGGACAGGUCCAGUAGCCUGUAUGGUAAAAGAUAUCCUGCCUAAAGGGACAGGUCCAGUAGCCUGUAUGGUAAAAGAUAUCCUGCUUAAAGGGACAGGUCCAGUAGCCUAUAUGGUAAAAUAA